AUGCAAAAUGUACCGACCAUACCGACGCAAUUACAUGCAAAGAAGAAGAAACGUAAAAAACCGUCCGCUCAGAAGAACCAAAGUUUGCGUGAGCUUGAAGCCGCAUGGGUUGACGAAGAUGAUAAAGAAGUAGAGGUGAGUCUGGAGGAACAACCACAGCUGCGUAAGCUCCGUAGGACUGAGAAGGAUACAAUAGUAAGUGGCAAGGAACUGCAUCUACGACUGAAGACUUUUUAUCAGUCGGCACAUGGUGCUGUGUCUUGGGCAGACCCAAGCAAUUUUUUGGGUGAUCGACAAAUAGGCUUAUAUGAUAGUGACAUUGAAGGGGAGGCGGAGCUACUUCGAAGUACCGACAAAAUGUUGGAAUCCUCUGGAAAAUUGCUGCCUCAGGGAGAAUUGGAGAUUAUUCGUGUGAAAGACGCUAAUCAACAUGCUCCUUCUAAUGCAGUCGUCCAGUCUGUGCAGUUUCAUCCGAAUGGUCAGCUGCUUUUGACUGCGGGGUUGGACAAGACCCUGCGGCUUUUUCAGGUGGAUGGUAGCAACAAUGCAAAAGUUGAGAGCGUCUUUGUGCAAGACUUGCCUAUGUUAGACGCUAAGUUUACGAUGGCUGGACAGCGUGCAGUGCUGACUGGACCCCGACAGUAUUUCUUCUCAUACGACAUUGAAGCAGGCAAGAUUACCAAGAUUCCGGGUCUCUAUGGACGUAAAGAGAAGAAACGUAAUACAUUUGUGGUCUCGAAUAACGGUGAGACGAUUGUAUUUAUGGGAAGUAAUGGAUACUUGGACGUAGUGUCUGCAAAGUCGUACGAGUCGAUGGGCUCAGACGGACAGGUUUACAAGUGGGAUAUGCGUACCCGGCGGUGUGUCUUUGUCCACGAUAAUGAAGGGAGUUUAGGCAGCUUUGCCUUGGCUGCUAGCGAUAACUAUUACGCCACCGGUUUGAAAAGUGGUGUGGUCAAUAUUUACGACAACGCCGCUCUGACUGCUACGCCAAAGCCGUGCAAAGCGCUUAUGAACCUUACUACUGAAGUUAAUCACCUCGUGUUUAACGCAAAUGCAGAAAUUUUGGCAAUUGCGUCAAGGGACAUGAAGAAUUCACUGAAGCUAGUGCACAUGCCGUCUUUGACUGUUUCUUCAUACAAAUAA